AUGUCGCCACAACAGUACAAGUUCGGACCUGCCAAGGCCAAGGAGUUCUACACCGAAAACAAUGUCAUCUUUUUGACAGGUGCCACCGGAUUCGUCGGCAAGACCAUUCUCGAGAAGCUUCUCCGCUCGUUCCCUCAGAUCACAAACAAGAUCUUUGACACCCUCCGAUCCCAAUUCUCGACCCCCCAAGAGUUCCAUGAGAAGGUUGUCCAAAAGAUUGUCCCUGUCAAGGGGGAUAUUACGGUCGACCUGUUGGGGCUUUCGGAGGCUGAUCAGCGCAUGAUUCAUGAAGAUACGAGGGUGGUGAUUAAUAGUGCUGCCUCUGUCAGUUUUGAUGACCCCCUGAACAAUGCCCUUGAGAUGAACACUAGAGGCCCCUUCCGCACAUUUGAGAUCGCAAAGGGAAUCAAGAACCUCGCUGCAUUCGUUCACAUCUCCACCUGCUACGUCAACGCCCCCAUGUUCGACGCCCACAUCGACGAAAUCGUCUACCCCCACCCCCUGGGCGAACCCGAGGCCAUCUACGAGGCCAUGACCAAGAUGUCCUAUGAGGAGAUUCGAAACUAUGAACGCUCCGUCGUCCUCAAGACCUACCCUAAUACUUAUACUUUUUCCAAGUCUUUGACGGAACAUUUGAUCCAGAAACAGUACAAGACCAUGGGUUUGCCUAUUGUUAUUGUGCGCCCUUCGAUUGUUACUGCGGCCAAGGCCGAACCAGUGCCCGGGUGGGUUGAAGGUGUUGCGGCUGCAAACAAGGCGGUUGUUUCCUGUGCGCUCGGACAAGUUCAAGAGUGGAUCGGUGAUGGGUCCAAGAAAACAGAUCUGAUCCCAGUAGAUAUCGUCGCAAAAGUAAUCCUCCUCGCUGCAACAACCGCAUCCAGCUCCCAACCCCGCCCAAACAUCUAUCACGUCGGAACCAGCAGCAUCAACCCCAUCACCUGGGGUCAUUUCGGAACCUGCCUGACCGAUUAUUGGCUGGCCGUCGACCGACCCCGCCGUCGCGUCUCGGACGACAUCCGUUUCGAAAUGUACGACUUGCCCGUUUUCAAGAAGCGAUUCGAUCAACGAUUCGGGGAACAGAUCAAGACGUUGGCUCAACACAAGGACGGCAAGAAGCUCAAGAUUCGGAUCUCGAAGGCGAUGGCGGUUCCGAUGACGUUCAAGACGUUUGCGACGAGUCAAUGGUUCUUUGAUGUUAGCAACACGUUGGCGUUGGAUGAUGCCGCACCCGUGGAAUUGAAGAGUGGGUUGAGGAGUGGGAUGGAUUGGGACCGGUAUAUGGAGGAUUAUAAUGCUGGUGUCCAUGCGUUUAUUUUGAAGGAGAAAGUUGUCCGACCCGUUGGUGGGGCCAGUUACUCGAUCCAGCCCCUCAAGAGGAAGGAGCUUCCCGCUGCAGCAACGCCCGAGAAGCCCGAUAUCGCCGCCAGACUCUAG